AUGCUGGGUUCCUGCGUCGCUCGGCCCGCUGCCACUUUUGGGGACCUCCGGAACGCCAAGGCCGGUCAGGCGCGCUGCCGGCACGUCCCCCCCGUGACCCCGCCCCCCGAGCUGCAGGACUGGUUGCGGACUUUCCAGCGCUGGAGUGGCCCAGAGAAGCUGCUGGCCCUGGAUGAGCUCAUUGAUCGUUGUGAGCCUCCCCAGAUUAAGCACAUGAUGCAAGUGAUCGAGCCCCAGUUCCAGCGUGAUUUCAUCUCGCUUUUGCCAAAAGAGCUGGCGCUGUACGUUCUCUCCUUUCUGGAGCCUCGGGACCUGCUCCGCGCCGCGCAGACGUGUCGUUACUGGCGCAUCCUGGCUGAAGACAACCUGCUGUGGCGGGAGAAGUGCCGUGAUGGAGGUAUUGAAGAGCCUCUGAGCCUGCGUAAACGUCGGCUGCUUAGCCCGGGCUUCAUGUACAGCCCUUGGAAACUGGCUUUUCUGCGGCAGCAUCGCAUAGAUAUGAACUGGCGCAGCGGAGAUGCCCGGCCCCCUAAGGUUCUCAAGGGUCACGAUGACCACGUCAUCACGUGCCUCCAGUUCUGCGGCAACCGCAUUGUCAGUGGCUCAGAUGACAACACCCUCAAGGUUUGGUCAGCCAUCACUGGUGAGUGCGUGCAGACUCUGGUAGGACAUACCGGUGGCGUCUGGUCCUCCCAGAUGAGGGACAAUAUCAUCAUCAGUGGCUCUACAGACCGGACCUUGAAAGUAUGGAAUGCUGACACUGGCGAAUGCGUGCAUACUCUCUAUGGUCACACCUCAACUGUGCGUUGUAUGCAUCUCCAUGACACCAGGGUUGUGAGUGGCUCUCGUGACGCCACCCUCCGUCUGUGGGACAUAGAGACGGGGCAGUGUCUACAUGUGCUAAUGGGGCAUGUGGCUGCUGUGCGCUGCGUCCAGUACGAUGGGCAUAAGGUGGUGAGCGGUGCCUAUGACUACACAGUGAAGGUCUGGGAUCCUGAGACAGAGAGCUGCACGCACACUUUGCAAGGCCACACCAAUCGGGUCUAUUCUCUGCAGUUUGACGGCACCCACAUUGUGAGUGGCUCCCUGGACACCUCCAUCCGUGUCUGGGAUGCCGAGAGCGGCAACUGCUUGCACACGCUGAUGGGACACCAGUCCCUCACAAGUGGCAUGGAGCUGCGGGACAAUAUCCUGGUCUCCGGCAAUGCUGACUCCACCGUGAAAAUUUGGGAUAUCAAGACAGGACAGUGCUUGCAAACUCUCCAAGGUCCCAGCAAGCACCAGAGUGCAGUCACUUGCCUCCAGUUCAGCUCCAAGUUUGUAGUGACUAGCUCGGACGAUGGCACGGUCAAGCUGUGGGAUCUGAAGACGGGGGAAUUUGUGCGCAACUUAGUUGCUCUGGAAAGCGGGGGCAGCGGAGGGGUUGUCUGGCGCAUCCGCGCCUCCAACACCAAACUUGUGUGUGCCGUAGGCAGCCGCAACGGGACUGAAGAGACCAAGCUGCUAGUGCUGGACUUUGACGUGGAUCUGAAAUGAGGGGCUGGUCUGUUUGGGGAGCCUGCAGGCCAGGUGGCCCCACUGGGGGGGAGGGGUGCGUCUGAGGGCAUCUUAUUUAUAACUGAUGCGUUGGGCCCACUGCGGCUGGCAGAACGGCAUGGCACCGGGGACUGUUUUGUACACACUCAUAAUAUAUGG